AUGAUACAAAUCGUCAAGGCCUUUUUCGAGAACCAUGCCCAUUCCAAGGCGGAAAAGGCCCCCGUCGACCCCGACGAUCCCCAGCUCGAGAAUGGCCUGUGCCAGACGAGCUCCGUCUUCGCCCCGGCCGACGAGCAGCCCGACGUGGCCUCGUACCCCGAGGGCGGCCGCGCCGCCAACACGGUCCUCCUCGGCAGCUUCUGCGCCAUCAUGGGCGGCCUCGGGCUCAUGAACAGCAUCGGCGUGUACCAGUCGCACCUCGCCACGCACCAGCUCGCCGCCGUGCCCGCCGGCCAGACGGCCUGGAUCUUUGGCCUGUACAACUUCAUGGUCUUCUUCUGCGGCCUGCAGAUCGGCCCCGUCUUUGACGCCCACGGCCCCACGGCGCUCAUGUGCGCGGCGCUGCUGCUCUACGUCGCCGCCUACGUCGCCCUCGGCUGGUGCCGCCUGUACUGGCACUUUGUGGUUGUCGUCGGCGUCGUCGCGGGCGUGGCCACGUCGGUCGUCUUUGUCGUGCCCGUCGCCACCGUCGGCCAGUACUUUCGCAGGAGGCGCGGCGCGGCGACGGGCCUCGCCAUGUCGGGCGGCAGCCUCGGCGGCGUCGUGUUCCCGCUCGUCUUUGACCGCCUCGUCGGGCGGCUGGGCUUUGCGUGGACGAUGCGCGUCAUCGGUCUCAUCACCGUCGUGCUGCUCCUCGUCGGGUGCGCGACGGUGCGGCGACGUGAUGUGUUUGCGCGCGUGUCCGGCACGGCGGGCAAGAGCCUGCUCCCCGACCUGCGCGUGCUCAUGAGCCUGCCCGUCUUUCUCAUGACGGCCGGCGUCUUCUUUAUCGAGUGGGGCUUCUUCAUCGGCCUCGAGUACGUCGCGUCGUACGCCAUCGAGCAUGGCAUCAGCCGCAACCUGUCGCAUCUCAUGAUUGUGUUCCUCAACGCCGGCUCCUUUCCCGGCCGCUGGCUCCCCGGCAUCCUGGCCGAUCGCUUUGGGCGCCUCAACACCAUGAUCAUGACCAACCUCCUGUGCAUCGUGGCCAUGUUUGCCAUCUGGCUGCCCGCCAAGAACAAUGCCGCUGCCGUCAUUGUCUUUUCCGUCGUGUUUGGCUUUGCGAGCGGCAGCAACAUUAGUCUGGUGCCGGUGUGCGUGGGCGAGUACUGCACAACGGACAACUACGGCCGCUAUUACACGACCGUUUAUACGAUUGUGAGCUUUGGUGCGCUUACGGGAGUUCCGAUUGCCGGGCAAAUUUUGCAGACUAGCGGUGGCUCAUAUACCGGCCUCAUCAUUUUCGCCGGUGCUGCGUAUGUCGCUGGCGUCGCCUGCUUCUCGGCCAUAUGGAUCAUGAAUAAGAUUCGGCCGCAAGCCAACAAGUCAGAAGAGAACCAGGGAGACACGACGUGA